UGGGAAAAAUGACUUGCGAUACAAGACACCGCCAUGCUUUCGUUUCCAUUUGUCCUUUCGCUUUGGUUGUUAUUCGGCGGUAACCAAGGACAGGUCAAUAAAACAAAGGUUAGUUUGAGCCCCAUGCAGUUUAAACACACAAAUUUGGGCAAGAGGGGUGGAUGAGUUGGGCUAAAGAUUGACUUCUUCAAUCCCCCGGGGGCUAUAAAAAUAGCCCCAUUUUUUUGCUUGUCAUCAUACUGUACUGGAACACAGUGCCAUGUUGUCUGCGGGCCUCCUGCUUGUCUGCGUGAGCCUACUCGGAGUCCAAGGAAUCCGGACGUCUCUGGACGGCAUGGAUUCUGACGAUGGACAACAUCCCAUACGAAAAAGUUUCCCGCGCUUCUUUUCUGACACAACCUCAUGGGUGCGUCAAAAACUAACUUUCCGCAAAGAGCCUGAACUUUGUGAUCCAAACCCAUGCUUUCACAACGGCCAAUGCAACGUCCUUUCUGACAAAGUAACGUGUUCGUGUCGCGAGCCUUUCAUGGGCGACAAGUGUCAAAAAGCUAAAGAUGUCUGCAAGGAUAUGAAUUGUCAUUUUGGUGACUGCGUGUUGAACUCGGCUGGAGGACCAGAGUGCAAGUGCACAUACCCCUACCUCGGAACCAACUGCCUCCAACAGCAAGCCGUUCCCUGCAGUCCCAAUCCUUGCCACAACGGAGGCGUCUGUAUGGAGCAAAAUCGCCACCAAACUAUGAUCUAUUUAAAUGAAGCUCUCUCCAGUCCAUCAUGA